UGGCAUUCGUUUGCGAACCGCGGCACGGUGCGGGUCGCAGUUAUUUCCUGGUUCGUUUUCUUCAUCUUUAAUUUCAACCCCUCGAUUCGACUCGCUGUCUUAGUCUUUGACACAGCUCAAAAUCAAGUGACUCUUGACAUACAAUCAUUCACUACUAUCUAACAAAAUAGAGAUCAAAUAUUCACCGAAUAAAAUCGCGAACAGAGGAAGGAAAAAGUAAACUGACAAAAUUUCCCAAAAUUGUCACUUCUUGUGCCUACAUUGUCGAUUGUGAGCGAGAAUUAUUAUCCAUUGAAUAGUAUUGUAAAAGUAAACACAAGCUUGUAAGAAGGAACAAAGUAUCAAACGGUAUUUCAUCGCGUUCCUCCUGAGCAAAACUCGUGGAAAGUGCUGUAUGCUCCGGUUCACGGUGCACUAUUCAGAGGGACGGAACAAGAGAGAGGGAAUAAGGGAGGAAGAAAGAGAGGAGUCACGUUUGCUGAAGAAAGGCGUGCUCACGACCGAGCUUUUACAGUCUCGUCUCUUCAUUGACGUAUCCCAAUUUUGACUUUCGACGAAUAUACAUUUUAUACGAUAGUUCAAUGAAUGUUGCGCGGAUGAUUUUGCUUGAUCGUUAAUCGAUGAGUCGCGAUUCAUAUUGACGGAUCUCGAGGAUCGAAAGUGAGUGAGUUCAAGUGGUGUAGAAAUAGACUGAAGUUUAAGGAAACAGAUGAAUAUGAGGCUCAUUGUCAGAGGAACGCUCGUGUUGUUGGUCAUUGCCAAUGCAGUUUACAGUCAAAAUGCGACUGUAAUCACGAGUGACGACGCCCUCCAAGGGUACGACCCCCAGUUCAUGGUUGGCUGUUAUUUCCCCGCGGAAUUUCAGGGUGAAUUCGUGACGCAGGUGAGCGGAAAGGAAGCCAGCGACACGAGCAACGAGCCCAUUCAAUAUUCCACUAUCAACAUCACGUUCAACGCGAUCCCCGUAUGGGGUUACUGCCACAGGAGGAUCGGCGAUAACGUGUUGCUAAUGGACAGAUACGGUGAUGGCGACUGCAUCCGAUGCUUCCGAUUGUUAAGGAGAUCACGCAAUAUUAUUGAGGUCUUCUCUGAAGAUCUGAACAGGUGCUAUACUUCAGAAGCCACUGCUUUGGCCUCCUGUGAUAAACUAAAUUCCACGUCCGUUUUAUAUCGUACCAGGGAGAUUGGAAAUAUCCCCAUAAGAAACGAGUAUUGUCCAAUAACUGGCCAGUAUCACUUCACGUAUAAUCUCAAUAAUGGAUCUGAUAAAGUUAUCGAGUGUAAUAGCUUCUCAUCUUCCUUCAACAAUUGUCCUGAUGGCUCUGUUUUAAGAUUACACUUCAAUCGUUGUAGCUUCGAGCCUCACAUGAAUAUUACGUUUAAUUGCUUAGGCAACUGGCCUGGUCCAAACGGUUCUACUUAUUUUGCCCUGAUGGACAUCAGUGGCAACUAUGAAGGCAGACCACAGUAUAGAUGUGGACUAUUUCAUGUUGACAAUAAAAAAGGAAAAACAUACAUGGCUCUCAGCAGCGAUUCCAGCUGUGCACAGAAUUUAGAUAAUUCCACUAGUGGAUAUGAGACAUUAGUCCUUAGUAAAAUUCCAAACCAAAAGAAGAUGCCAAAUUAUGUGAAGACUCACGUAGCAACAUUUCCAAAAUGGGCACAGGGUGUAUGGGAAGAAUCUCUGAUUGUCAAUGGCACCAUGACUUUCACUGAUCUUAAUGGCUAUAAUAGUUACACGUUCAUUACCGUUGAUUCAAAUGAAGAAACUGGCCGCUACAUCGUUUAUUCCAAAAAUCAAUGUGAACAAGUGGCAUAUGUGUGUUUAAUGAUGAGGCAACGAAGUGAAAAUGUACUAGAAUUUGCAAUAGGAAUGGUGUUAAGUCCAGUUUAUCAAUCUUAUUUGUGUGACGAUACUAAUUUGGAUAAACCUGUUUGGAUGACACAAGCACGAAUUGAACGUGCGGUAGAAUCGCCUUGUCCAAUUACUGGACAAUAUAUGGGUAUGAUAACUGACCUAUCAGGCAUGUGUGCUGAACUAAGCAGCAACUGCAACACUCGUGAAAUAAUGUACUUUAAAGUUACUGACUGUGAAUCUGGAGAACUCUAUGAAGAACGAGCAUACUUGUGUCUAGGUCAAUGGGAAGAAAAAGGUGUUAUGUAUGCAUAUACUAUGAGAAACGAUACCAGUACCAAUGAAUGUUUUGUUGGUUUAAUCGUGAAUGAUGAAGAAAUCUAUAUCAAGGAAGCGGGGGAUCAUUGCAUGAGAAAUAUUGAUCCUAAGAAAGAAGGAAUGCGUCUGUAUAAGAAGGGUCAGUGUUAUGGAAAUUCUCCAAGUCCUGCACCAACGCCAAUGAAACCAAUUCCUCACAAUCCAAUAAUGAGAACUACUACAACUCCGCGGUCGAGAGUAUCAGGUACCACCAGUAUAUCAGGAAACAAUAUCCCAUCAUUUGCCUCACAUAAAACUACUGCAUCUUAUGGUUUUGUAAUGUUCAUAAUGGUAAUCGCGUUUUUUAGAAAUAUUUAUAUGUACGUUUGAGUACCAAGUCAUUAAUAACGAACAAUGAACUAGUGAAUGAACGCCGCUAUGGGAUAUAAAACAAGAAAAUCUUAUUGUCUUAAAACAAAGUCAUAAAACUUUUCUUAAUUUUAUCGAGAUAAAGCUAAAUGAUCAAGAAAGUAAAUAUUAUAUAUGAAGUAUAUUUAGAAAAUGCCUAUCCUGCUGAAUGAUUUCAUCAGAAAAAAAUAAGUAUUUGAAUACUUUUAAUCUGAUAUAAUGACUAAUUGUAUGAAUAUUGUAUUAUUGACAUUAAUGUGUUCCCUUAGCAAACACCAUUCUAAUCUACUUUGCAUUUGAGAGAUGCUUUUAACAAAAAUUUCUGUAGAUACAUAGAACUUUGUUAUAUUUCAAAUCUCCACCAAACACUGCCUUGUAAGAUACAAGUAAUAGUAAACUGUAUGUUGCUAGGAGAAUCCAAAGAAGUUUAUAUAUUUUCUGAUUAUAACACACUUUUCAUAAUGGUUUUUUACUAAAUGAAUCACGUAGAUGAAGUUACUAAUGAGACUGACUGAAUUAAUAAUACUGUACAGAAAGAUUCACCAAUAGGAAAAUAUAUAUUUUUUUCAAAUUUGUACUUAAAAUAAGAAAUUAACACUAUUUUUUUCUCGUUGAAAUAAAUAUAUUAUAAUCUACAUCGAAUGAAAUGAAUGAAAAUUACAA